AUGGCCCCGCCCACCCAGCUCGGCGAGCGGCCAAAUAUGGCGGGCGGCGCCCAUUCCUUGCUAGCCUUACGGUCUCGUCCCACCCUCCGAGUAGCCCAGCAGCGCCUGCGGCGGCAACACAAGCCAAGGAGGCAGCGGCAGAGGUGGCGUGUACGGCUUGUUCUGUUUGGCCUCAAAGGAAACACGGUAAUGGAACACAACGUGGACGGUAGGAGGGCCGGGUUGGGGGCUGGCAGCGGCGGCACCACACCCCCGGGAGGGCAGCUUUUGGCUACAGAGAAGGUGGCCACGGCCCGCCGAGAUGUAGGGGGAGGGGAAGCCGGUGCAGUGAUUGACGGAAGUCCCAGAGGAAGCCCCCCGGCCUCGGCCUCGGCCUCCGUCACGCCAGAGGCCUGGAGGGUUGCGCGCCAGGCACCCAUUGGUGCCGAGGUCCCCGAAAUCACCGCCACCCCUGCGAGGCUGCUGCUCUUCCCACCCACCCACCGCACGUUGCGGCCUGAAGGGAUGGAAGCCUCAGCCGCCCACGCUAUUGUGUCACCCAAAGAUGAGGUGGACGGUUGUGAACCGGAGCCUCUCGAGAUGCCGGCGGCUGGUCUGCCCUUGCUGGAGUUGGUCGGGGAGGCCAGUAAUGGCCCCAGCACGGAAGGGUCACUACCCUCGAUGCCACCCCCAGCAGAGGAGGAGGAAGACGAGUUGUACAGGCAGUCUCUGGAGAUUAUCUCUCGGUACAUUUGGGAGCAGGCAACCGGCGCCAAGGAUGCAAAGCCAAUGGGCUGGUCUGGGGCCACCAGCAGGAAGGCACUAGAGACCUUACGUCGGGUCGGGGGCAAUGUUCAGCGCAAACACGAGAUGGCCUUCCAAACCAUGCUUCGGAAACUGGACAUAAAAAACAAAGAUGAUGUCAAAUCUUUGUCUCCAAUUAUGCUCCGUGUUUUCAAUGACAGCGUAACAAACUGGUGCAGGAUUGUGACUCUAAUUUCUUUUGGUGCCUUUGUGGCCAAACACUUGAAGAGCAUAAACCAAGAAAGCUGCAUUGAACUAUUAGCAGAAAAUAUCACAGGUAUUAUUUUAAGGACAAAACGAGACUGGCUAGUGAAGCAAGGAGGCUGGGAUGGGUUCGUGGAGUUCUUCUAUGCAGAGGAUCUAGAAGGCAGCAUCAGAAAUGUGCUUCUGGCUUUGUUACUUUUUGCUGGAGUAGGGAUUGCUUUGGUAUAUCUAAGAAGAGCCUUGUAA